AAGAAUUUGAGUUUUAGCACAGUUGUAGAGGACAAUAACAUUGCUGAUUAAUUGCUCAAACACAAAUGGAUGAGUUCAGUUCCAACCAGGCUACAGAUUCACAUACCCGUCACUUGGAUUCCAAUUCCAACCAGGUUGCUGCUGACGAUGCUACCCAAACCCAGAUCAGGAGCCAGUCUGCAGCUGGGGAUGGCAGCCAAGCGGAGAUCAUAACCAUGGAUGCAAGUUUGUACAAGGCCGCAGCAGAUGGUAACAUCCAUGCCCUCCAGCAAUUCCCGGAAGUUGAUCUUCAGUACAGUCAAGCCCCAAAGAGAAUUCUGUCCUCCAUAUUGCAGCCCAAUUCGGUCAGCUUCGCUGUGUUAAAUGGAUGCUUGAGUUUCCUUGGUGUUCAUCGCUACUGCAUCGGCAAAAUCUGAAAGGGGACACUCCACUUCACCUUGCAGCAAGGGAAGGGCAUUUGCUGGUGCCGAGAGCUCUCAUGGAUGCUGCAAAACUGCUUCCCCUGGAUAUUGAAAGUGGGAUUGGAGCAGAAAAGGCGAUGUUGAGGUUGACCAAUAAAGGGGGCGACACAGCCUUGCAUGAGGCAGUCCGGUAUAAUCAUUCUGAGGUGGUCAAGUUCUUGAUUAUGGAAGAUCCAGAG